AUGGUCAACCUCCUCCUCCUCCUCGUGCUCUCCGCCCUCCUCAACCAGUCCCGCUGCCACCCCGUCGACUGGCUCCGCCGCUUCUCCCCCACCCCCCGCGACGACGGCAGCGGUUGGCUCUGGGGCUGGGUCUGGGCCGCAGACGGCACCGUCUCCGUCGUCGACCGUUCUCCCCCUGUCACCUUCCCCGCCCGCCCUGCUUCAUUCGGCGCAGAGCUCACCGACCCGCUCUUGGGCUAUGUCAUUCCUCUCUCCUCCUUCUCCGCCCCGUGCCCCCGUGAUCCCCACAACCAGACCGAGCCCGGCCGCCCGUUCGACCCGGACCCCGUCCUCGGUUGCCCGGACCUCUGCAUAACUGGACCCCAUGAGCCAGAGGAUGCGGAUACGUGGAUUGCCCUUGUGCAGCGCGGGGGAUGCCCUUUUGUGGAAAAGGCACGCCAGGCCCAGAAGCUCGGAGCGAAGGCUAUCGUGGUAGGAGGAGAUCGAGACAGCCCGGACGCGCUGCUCAAUAUGUUCAGCGAGACCGACGCGUCCGACGUGACGAUCGCGGCGACGUACAUCAAGUACUGGGACUACCUCCAGCUUUCGUCCAUGAUCGCCACCUCGAAUACCACCCACAAUGGGCUGAAGACCUUGUCGCUACUCAUUAACACGGAGUACUCGGCUUGGGAGUGGUAUUCGCCCAUCAUCACCUUUAUUAUCAUCCUACUCCUACCGUCAUGCCUCACGUUUCUCACUCUCCUCAUCCAUCGGAUUCGCGCUGCACGCGCGGCCCAGCGCGACCGAGCACCCGAGAGCGUGGUCUUCAAUCUUCCCUCCCGCGUCUGGACCGGUCACGGCUGGGAGAAGCCGCCCCCGACGACCUUCGUUCCUGCCGACACCGUCACCACAGAAGGCGAACCUAUCGUUGAACAAAGCUCCGAAGAGCCCACAGCAUCGACUUCGCAUGGAGAGAAUGUGCCCGCAUGGGUAGACGAGCAGACGGAAUGUGCGAUCUGCCUGGAGAUGUUCGUCAAGGGCGAUCGCGUCCGCGUUCUGCCCUGCUAUCACUUCUUCCACAUCGACGAGAUUGACCAGUGGCUCAUUCACAAGAAGAAGCUGUGCCCGAUCUGCAAGGCCGACGUAACGCAGUCGCACGCUGCUCCGGAGGUUCCAGACGCUGUGGAGGUCCACCCUCACGACGAGGUGGCAUCACCUGCGGUCGCAUCACCUGCAGACGCAUCGUCUUCACGGACGCCCUCUGCUUCUGCAAAUCCUACGGAACGUACACCACUUCUACAGGCUCCAGACGCGUCGGUGGCCUCCUAG